AUGGAGCCACGAAGCCGGUGGAAGCUGUGGAGCCUGCUGGAACGAUACCGCGACACCUGGGAGGAGCCCAAGGUUGCGAGAGUCAAGUACGCGGCCAGAUUCACAGUCCAUGGCAGGCCUUUCAAGGCGAGAGUACGGCACUACGAGCCGGAAAUGCGUGAGGAGCUCGAGAAGCAGGUUAAGAAGCAGCUCGAGUUAGGGUCAUAA